AUGCACUUCUUACCGACGCCGCCAUCUGAGCCUGACACGCGAUGGAUGCCCGCCAUUGCCACGGUCAGCUUGGGGGCGGCCUAUUUACAUUCGCUCCCGGCAAAGAUCGAGGCCGCUGCUCAGAAUGGCCAGCAGGGACUAGAACUCUUCCAUGAAGAUCUCGCACAGUUCGCCAAGUCUCUGCGCUGUCAUGCAUGUCACGAACCAGUGGAUCGCACUGAUCGCGAGUAUGAGAUCGACGCGGCGCACGCCAUUCGCAAUCUAUGUACAAAGAGGGGCCUCAAAGUCUUAGCUCUACAGCCAUUCAGACACUACGAAGGCCUAUUGGACCCAGAUCAACAUGCCCAGCGCAUCGAUGAGCUGAAGCAUUGGGUGGAAUUAUCCAAAAUCCUCGGCGACGACCUCUUCAUCCUCAUUCCUUCUUCCUUCCUCGACCCAUCCCAAAUCACAGACGACCGAGACCGACUAGUGGCCGAUCUAAGGCAAGCCGCGGAUGUAGCAUUCCCCAUCCGUAUCGCCUACGAGGCAUUAGCUUGGGGCACGUACAUCAAUACCUGGGAGGACAGCUGGGACAUCGUUCAACAGGCAAACCGGCCGAAUCUGGGCAUCUGCUUGGACACGUUCAACAUCGCAGCACGGCUGUGGGCCGAUCCGACCAGCGCAACUGGACGUCUCCCAUCCCACGCAGACAUAGAUCUAAAGGCGUCGAUACAACGACUCGUGCAGGAGGUCGAUCCUAACAGGGUCAUGAUUGUACAGCUAGCUGAUGGCGAGCGGGUCGACCUACGAACACCGUUCCUUCAAACCCCAGGUAUACCCAAGUUACUGUCAUGGUCACGGAAUGCUCGUCUGUUUCCGUGCGAAGAGGAACGGGGUGGAUAUUUGCCUAUCUGUGAGGUAGCAGAUGCUUGUCUCAAUGGGCUGGGCUAUACCGGAUGGGUCAGUAUGGAAGUAUUCUCCCGAACUACUGGUGAGUCCAGGCCAUCAGUGCCAAAUGAGCAUGCCGCGCGAGCCGCACGAUCAUGGCAGCGGGUCUUGCAACAGUUGGAUACCAAGGGAAAGAAAAAUUGA